AUGGCAAACCCCAAUCCUUCUUCAAUCCAUUCUUUUCCACUUCCAGCUCCUCCGACAUUCCUGGACUUUUUAAAUCUACAAUCCCACUAUUCCAGCUGGCAGUUUGAAACCCACAAUGAAUGGAAGAAAAGCAUGACUUUUCUCUUCAAACUCCUUACUGACAGCAACAUUGUCCCAUGCCAAGACAUUGACAUCCAAACUGUUCGCGACUGUCUUUUCCAUAUCAUUAGUCGAAUCGAAAGCAAUUGCUUUGGUAUCUGGAAACCCAAUGGCAAAGAAGCGUGUAUGGGUCGAGCAGUCUUUCCUGCUGCCUCGUAUUUUAAUCACUCGUGUUUUCCUAAUUGUCAAUCAAUCAAACACGACCAUAAAAUGGCGUUUCGCACCUUGAAAGAUGUGUCCAAAGGUGAAAUGCUGACUAUUUCGUAUAUCGAUACCAACAUGCCCGUAUCUGCAAGAAGAGCGCGACUGAUGGACGAUUACUUUUUUGAAUGCAUGUGCGAGCGCUGUAUAAGUGAAUCAGGAAUGGUAUCCAAUGCAUCUCAGCUAAAAGUGUCAUAUACCUUUAAAAAAUACGAGCAUAAAAAACGAACUAAAAAAAAGAGCAAGAACAAAAAUGACUCCAAGAAAGUAGUGCAAGAUUUACUUGAUGGCUGUGAGCCAACAGAGUCCAACUCAGCCCUCUAG